GUUUCAACUCUAAUUCGGGUAAUACGUGUCUAUGGUUUCUGGUAGCCUAGUACUUUUUGUUGUGACUGAACCUUUUUUAGUGAAUUUGUGAGUGUGUUUUUAAUGUAAUGAGGAUUGAUUUAAUCGCCCACAAAAAAAAAAACAAAUGAAUCAUUACAAAUGAUUUGGCCCUAACGAUGGGGUAUUAACAUGUGUGUGAUGGAACGGAAUGUGCGGACUAUAAAGACUCUAACAUGGUGUGCGGUGAUCCUGGCGCUGGUGGUGGCAGAGGUGGCCAGUCUCAGCGGGUCCAACGUCUGCGUGGUGAAGCAGAAAUACAACAUCACAAAGCGAGUGAAGUACCGCGCUCCGAUGUCUGUACGUACUCUGGAAUGGUGUUUCUCGCUGCCGCCCAGAUGUUCCCGCUGGAACACCGAGAUGAGAGACUUGACAAGACUAGAGACAGAGGAGAGGACGGCUGAGGUGUCAGUAUGUUGUCCCGGUUACAAAAUGCAGGAUGUGACAUGCGUUCCCAUUUGUCCUAACGGGAAGACAGGAGCGGACUGUUCUAAGGGAUGUCCUCCGAAAAAAUGGGGUCCUAACUGUGUGAAUGAAUGUAGAAAUUGCACUGAAAACGGGCACUGUUCCCCCGUUACUGGAGAAUGUGUGUGUCAAGAUGGAUGGCAAGGUGAGAGUUGUCAAACAAGCAUGCCCACAACGAUUGCCACGACAACAAUGAGAGAAUUACUAACCACCUUGAGAACUGAACCCACAACUAAAACCACUGUAUUUACUACGCCUAGCAGUACAACAUUGCCUUCUGUUAUAACAACUAUUCCUACAAUUACAACUGCCCCUACCACAAUUACCCCAAAAAUUGUGACAACGACAGCAGUACCUAUUACAACGAAGAAUAUAAUUACAACUUCAGGGAUAACAGUUGAAAAAUUUAAUGAUGUAACUACGUUUAUACCAAUACCAAAAGUACGAGUAACAACAGAAAUACCAGCCACAGAAAUCGUGACUAAGAAAGUUAUAGUAGCCAACACAGCAUAUAAUAGAACUGAACCUACAACGGAUUAUAAAGGUACAUUUAUUGAAGCAACUACACUAGGGAAUAGAGUAACAAGAAUCUUAACUAAUACAACUUUAUCAACUUCAAGUUCACCACAUAUAUUGACACCGACAACUACAAGAACGACUAAGGGGACUACAAAUUUUGAGACAACGAGAAAACCCGAGACUGCAACCAAAGUUCACCCAACAACGCUGAAAUUCAAACCAAAGGAAAUAUGGAUAAGACCAGCACAAAAAGGUGAAUCUCCCAUUUUAGAAAUAAAGACUUUACAAAGUCACGAAACACAUACGAAAAUUAAAACAGCAAUGAAGAAGGAACUCGCCCAAGAAACAACUACACCGAAGACUAUAAUCGUUUCGAUUAUUCCAACAUCGGUAUCGUAUGCGACAUUUAAGAAGAUUGCUUUGUCUACAGCAUCAUUUGUUUCACAAAAGAACGCUACAGCAAUAAGAGCUUAUAAUCAACCUUUAGAGGUUACAAAUUCUAUGUCCAUUCAAACAUCAACAUCAACAACUCUCACAAAAUCAAAUACAUCAUCUUUGAAGCAAACAGGCAAUUCUAUGUUCACAGUAAAUGUAACUAAAGCACAAAACAGUACUGUAAGCACAUUAUCACCCACAAGAGGGCCCUUUUCAACUAAAACACCUGUUAAUAAUAAAACUAACAGCAUGUCAAGCACGACUGUAGUUAGAAUGAGUUCUAAUUCUCUAACCACGUCUCCUUCGACUAAACACAAGACUUCGUUAAAAAAAUAUGUAACCUCAUUCACAACAAGUACUUUAAUACCUGUUUUCAAUGCGACAGAACGAAUAACAUCACAAUAUUUUACAACAAAACAAAAUUCUGAAGGGAAACUGAAUAAUAUAACACAAUCAUCUGCAAGAAAUGGAUCGUUUGAAGCGAAGACAGAAGAGAAAACUAACAUUACUAAACAUAAUGCAUCAAAUGUUAAUUCUAAGUUUAAAACAGUGACUGCCAAACCUGACCAAGAUGAAGAAACGUUUCAUAUUUUGACAGAACCGGAGCAUAUAACUGCAGUUAUGGGUGAUAAAGAGUCUGAGAGGAGCUCAGUGGACCUUAUAUCGGUGAUAAGCAUAGCUGGAGGUAUAAUGAUGGCUGUCAUAACCGUAGCGGUGAUCAUCGUGAUGAUAGAGAGGUGCAAGAGGCCGAGGUAUGAACAUGUGAGGAAGAUCAGUGAUAUGAGAAUGCAAGUUAUGAUCGAUAAUAAUGAUGUGCCGCCUCCAUAUGUGAGGAGUAUUUUCCAUACGCCUUUACCAGAUCCUCCAACAACAGAGAAAUGCCAUUAUCAACCAAUUUCAACUCUUGACCGAAACCUAAAACAAUUUAUGAGGCCCGUCGUCGUACAAACAAUUUCGCCUAUAAUGCUAGAAAACUUUAGAGGUAUACUGGAAUGCCAUUAUGAUCACUUGCCUCAAAGGAGCCAUGAUUUCGGAACGAUGCCAGCGCGAUUUUCCACAACGCCAUCUAUGCCAGACAGUGGUGAACUACGUGGAUCGCGUGCUCUCUCAGUAACAGAAUCAACAAUAGAAGCUUUAAAGUGCGAGGCAAAAUUAGAUGUAAUUGACAACACUACUUCUGAACCUCUGUAUGCCGAAAUUCCCUGCUGGAGACCGCCUUCUGAACAUGCUAUUGAAAUAAUUAACAUGAACGGAGAAGCUGUGACAGAGUUAUGAUUCGGCAAUUUUUUGAUAUGCAGAUAGCAUGCGUAGCAAUGUCUGAAGUUCUGAACGUAUUGAGUGAUGGCCG